AUGGGAUGCUUCCGCCAUUGCCAAACGGCCUUUCCGGCAAAUGCUCUUUCCUUCGGACUGCUGCUUGACCUUUCCCGCAAAAGCUCUCUUCGGACUGCUGCGCUGAUUGCAUCGCAUCACCUUCAUUCGGAGAUGCGCUGCUGCUCUUCAAUCUGGUGCUUUGGUCCCUUGCCGAAGGUCCUUUCCCGCAAAUCCCAUCGGCUUAUCACAAUCACUCUGCGGGCUUGCUGCGCUGACAUCCUCAUGGCCUAUGGUCCAAAUCUGCUUGCCAACGGAUUCGCUGCUUCGCCACUGCUUCAUUCUCGGGAGCUGGAGAGAUCGGCAACUUCUCUGCUGCUUCUUGUGGACGACGCCUUCAUGCUCAAAGAUUCUGCACUUCGCCUGGCCGACUUCACUGCUCCUCAUCGAUACUGCACUUCGGCGUGUUCAAAGAUUAGUCAACAUUACUGCUCCUUAUUAUUAUCCGUGCCUUCUCCCUCGAAGAUCCCGAACUUUCUCAACUCCUGUACUGCUCAAAAUCAGCUUCCACAGCCGCUACUCAAACCCAGUUUCCACAACUACGUGGUUCAAAGAUUGGCCAACAUUACCGCUUCCCCUCGUCUUCCGCGCUUUCACGCUCGAAGAUUCUAUAGGUCGUCAGCUGCUCUGCUGGUCAAAUCUACGUCUGAAGAAGCCGUGGUUCAUGGUCUGGCCAAACUGACGGCUGCUCCUCGUCAUCUGCACCUUUACGCUCGAAAAUGCUGCAGCCAGUCAACUGCCCCGCGGCAAACCCAGUUUCUACAGCCACGUCUUUCAAAGACGGGCAACAUUACCGCCUCGCCUCGUCAUCCGCGCUUUCUCACCAGAGGAUUCUACAGGCCGUCAACUUUUCCGCUGGUCAAAUCUACGUCUAACGAGGCCGUGGUUUAUGGUCUGGCCAAAAUGACUGCUGUUCCUCGUCAUCCGCGCCUUCAUGCUCAAGAAUACUGUACUUCAUUAACAACUCCGCUGCUCAAAUCUACCACUGACGAGGCCGAGGUUCAUGGUCUGGGCAAAGUCACUGCUCCUGAUCCUGUAAUACCCUGGACUUUUGACGAUGUUCAGCUGACUGUACCGGAGAACGACAUGCUUUUCUCUUCGCCUACAGGAGUCAACUGUGUGCAGUCGCCAGCGGUUACAUUCCCAUCGGCUGCCUUCUUGUGCCUUAUGGGGACGACGUACGACCCCAAGAGCGUGGGAUCACGCUUCACAAGGUUCACGCUUCACAAGAAGCGAUAUGGUGGGCGGAGCAGACCACAUGACACCGUUGCCCAAGCACUCCAUAGCGGACGUUGGUCGAAAAGGAGUGAACAUCCGAGUGGCUGCAACACGUCUGAUAGCUGGUCCAGUCUCGCCGAUGCGCCAGUUGUUGUACCACUAUCCGUGGGUAUCUUUGGCGCCUCUCUUGAGCAUAAGCAAGACCGUUGGAAAAUGACAUGGAGACCAAUGGCACGAAGGGCUGAUAACACGGAGGCUGAUGGCAUGAAAGCUGGUGGCAUGAAAGCUGAUGGCAUGGAGGCUGAUGGCAUGGAGGCUGAUGGCAAGAAGGCUGGUGGCAUAAAGGCUGACAGCAUGGGGGCUGGCUGGUGGCAUGAAGGCUGGCUGAUGGGGUGGAGGAUGAUGGGGCGUAGGACUCGCGUUGCCACGGAGCUGCAAAACAUCCCAAGGACAUCGAUCUCCAGAAUAGAUACAAAUGGCUGGCCGCUGGAAGCCAAACAACGUCAGGCCGUACUCCAAGACGCCGCCAUCGCAACUCUUCAAGCUGAACAUCCGGGCAGCAACAAACGAAUGAACUUCCUGGAGCCGAACGCGCUGCUCGAGCGAGCAUGGCUCCCAGCGCGGAUGACACCUCUGGCACGGAUUCCUGUUACGACUCCAUAUCUACCGACUGACUCUGUGCCUUGUACCAACAGCUUCGGGCGUGUCCGCAAGUUUGAACCGUGGGGAAGACGAUUCGCGCCUUAUGGUAUUCCAGCCUGCGACAAUGGCGGAAGCUUGCAAGGUUUGAAGGCUGCAAGCGGGCACAAGAAUGUAUGCAUUGAGACAGGACGCGAGCAUUUCGAUCGGGGCCUCUUCCUGCGGGAAGUCGCACCGGCUGCAGAAGAAAUCGAUAUGCACCAUCCACGCAAGUCUUCGAUACAGUGGUCCCGUACGUUACGCAUUUCAGUCGAUGGGAAGGAAGCACUUGAAAGCAUGAAUGCAAUUGUUGGACAUAAUCACAAAAGCUGCAACUACGAUUCCGAUACCCGAACAAUCCCACUCCGCAAGACUCUUAAUCCCAAUCCCAAUUUCAUCCCAUCUCAACUCUCCAGCUUCCCUUGCCUUCGCUAUAAUCCCAUACACAACCAUCCCGCUACCUUGGUCGUCACGACUCAGAAUCAGAUUCAGACUCGUGCAGAACCUUUCCAUCGCUUCAUUCUGUUGAAACUGAACUGUGCAUACCGUACCUCAUUUGCAAUGGGCUGUAAAACACCACCAAACCACAUUCCAUCGCCACGAUUCUUGUACACUUCCAGCGGGAACACUGAAAACCAAAGAAGGCGAAGAUCCAAAGGGAAUGUGCUCUCAAGUCUGUGGGCGGGGGCCAGGUAA